UCACUCCUCCUCCAAUUUCCAGCUCCUCCCCAUUGAAGCCAAAGCCAUGGCAGCGGCUCUAGCUCGCAUCUCGAGGAAGGCCCUGAGCUCCUCCCACCUUAACCUGGUCCUCCAGCGCCCGCUGGCCACCGAAGCAGCGUCGAAGAGCAUCACGGAGUCGGCAGAUCGCGUGAGGUGGGACUACAGAGGGCAGAGGAAGAUCAUACCGUUGGGGCAGUGGCUUCCGAAGAUCGCCGUGGACGCCUACGUGGCCCCGAACGUGGUGCUCGCUGGCCAGGUCACCGUAUACGACGGAGCCUCCGUCUGGGCCGGCUCGGUCCUCCGCGGCGACCUCAACAAGAUCACCGUCGGAUUCUGCUCCAACGUUCAGGAACGCUGCGUGCUCCACGCCGCAUGGUCCUCACCAACAGGCCUGCCUGCUGAUACAUCUAUUGAGAGAUAUGUGACGGUUGGCGCAUACAGUCUCCUGCGGUCCUGCACAAUUGAACCAGAGUGCAUUAUUGGGCAGCACUCCAUUCUUAUGGAAGGUUCCUUGGUGGAGACCCAAGCUAUCCUUGAAGCUGGGUCUGUGGUUCCCCCAGGCAGAAGAAUACCAACUGGUGAACUUUGGGCAGGAAAUCCGGCAAGGUUUGUCAGGACUCUGACCCAUGAAGAGACCUUAGAAAUCCCUAAACUUGCUGUUGCGAUUAACGAUCUGAGCAAAGAACAUUUCACAGAGUUCCUUCCAUACUCCACGGUGUAUUUGGAGGUUGAGAAGUUCAAGAAGUCUUUGGGGAUAUCUAUUUGAUUAUCCUUCUUGUCAUUUUUUUUUUUCCUUUCAUGUAUCAGAUAGUGGGAAGUUUCCCUGUAAGGAAAAUAAGCAGGUCUAAGACGUGAAUCAAGUGUUUGAGUUCCUUUUCUGUGUAUUUGGUUUUGCUGUCUGUUUAAAGAAUUGUUUGGAAGUAUCACUCCAAAAUAUCUAACGGUAAUGACUGAAGGCAUUUGUCAAGAAAUUCCUAUUAUAUGAUUGAAGACAUUCUUUCUA